UCGCACCCCCGCAAUCGUCGUGCACGACGAUUUCUAGACGGAUUAGCGGAAACCCACCCUCUUCCCUCGUGCCACACGAUAAUAAAUCAUGAGCUCAGGUAGACCAAUAAAAUGUGUAGUGGUAGGAGAUGGAACAGUAGGAAAGACCUGCAUGUUGAUAUCGUAUACGACAGACAGUUUUCCUGGGGAGUAUGUACCUACUGUGUUCGACAACUAUUCUGCACCAAUGGUUGUCGAUGGUAUUCCAGUUAGUCUAGGGCUAUGGGACACAGCAGGGCAGGAAGACUAUGACAGAUUGCGUCCUCUCUCCUAUCCUCAGACAGAUGUAUUUCUCAUUUGUUUCUCAGUAACGAGCCCUUCAUCGUUCGAAAAUGUUACCAGUAAAUGGUACCCUGAAAUAAAACACCACUGCCCAGAUGCACCAAUGAUACUCGUUGGAACUAAAAUAGACUUACGAGAUGACCGUGAAACGCUUACUGCCUUAGCUGAACAGGGCCUUAGUGCUAUUAAGCGUGAGCAGGGACAAAAGUUGGCAAACAAGAUUCGUGCGGUGAAAUAUAUGGAGUGUUCUGCUCUCACGCAGCGUGGAUUGAAGCAGGUAUUCGACGAGGCAGUGCGCGCCGUUUUAAGACCUGAACCGCAAAAACGUCGACAAAGAAGAUGCAUUAUGUUAUAAACGACGGAAGGAAUUGAAGGGAUUCAUAGGUAUACACGUAUAAUAAAGCAACAGAUCAAAAUGAAUUUGAUCAUGCAAAGAAAAAAUAUGAAUGUUUUAAAGAGAAGAUGAAUAGUACAUGCAUUUUAACGAAUUAUUCUUUGGCAGCUAUAAAAUAUUAUCAUAUUAUGGAAAGAGUACAAUUUAAAACUUCCUGGUCUCAACGUGAGUCGUGAUGUUACUUCACGACCAGAAAGUUUAGACAACGAGAAAGUAAGAAGAAAAAAGAAGGAUAGAAUAAAUAUUUAGCAGCAUUUGCAGGGGAGGAAGUUUACAAGUUACAAGCUUGCAGAUGUCUUUCUUUAAACUUGCAUUUACAUAUAUUUGCAUAAUGAUAAAAGGAUAUGUGACCAUAGUAACGUACAGUCAAUAGUUUAGUGGAAAACCGCUCAUAACAUUUUUUUUUUUUUUCUAUAAGAGAAUCUCUGUUAAUUAAUAUUGCAGUCCUGCAAAUCGAAUACAGUGUAAACGUGCUGUGAUGAUUAAAAGCAUUAAGUACCGAAGCUUUACUUAUCAGGGCUGCCAGAUUGUCAACUUUUUUACAUUUACUACAAUAGUAGGAACAUUGAUUUUAGCAUAUAUGAAUCGAGAUAGCUGUCAUAACAAUCAUAUGCUGAAAAGUUUUACAAGAUGUAAAACUAGCAUUAUAGAAUUAUUUAAACAUGCAGUGCCAUAGCAACAAAAAAUCAAAUUUUACAAGUACUUUUAAUCAAUCAGUUUUACACAACAUAUAUUUUACUAAGAAAUACGGAGAUUUUAAAAAAAAUGUGAUUAGAAAAAUUAGAAUGCAUAAUGGUUCUUUAGAAGCAACAUGUUUGUCUUUCCAUUUUUUUUUCGGGCAUUUGAGAUUUUUAUUUUUAUUAAUACUUCCAAUAAGAAAUGUAUAGUAUGCAUACAGAAUACUGCCAUAUGGCGAAUUCGGCACACAUGCACUGACUCCGUUCUAAUGCUGCCCUGACAUGGUGCGAGUGCAGAACUACUUUAGUGCUAUGCCAAAUUGCACUGUUAGAAACGUCAGUGCAACAUUUUUUGAACUCGUCAGUUCAUUCGGUUGAUCCGAAUAUAAAUUCAUUACUACACUGGGUCAGUUUUCAUUUACCGAAUACGAUAAUCUUAACGCACUGAUACAGUGCGCACAAGCCGAAUGCGUGGCACUGAAAAAGUUCACACUCAGUGCGCACUAGUGCGGUCUGUCGAAUUCGCUAAUAAAUUAACACGAAAAUUUCAUAGUAUUCCUAAUGUUAUUGGAGAGAGAAAAAUCAAUAAUCUUGUGUAAUAAUUACACAAUUGAAUUUGAUAGUGAUGCACACGAAACAUUUGUUAUUUAGAAUUGUAACAUGUCUGUGUGUUAAAAAGAGUAAUAAACCGUUGUAACGGAUGUAACGAAGUAGUGCAGCGAAAAACCAGGAUUUGAAAAAAAUUAAGUUUGGUGUUUGUCCUACAUUACUAAAAAUCUCAUUGACUUGAAUUUUUGACCAUUUUAUGGAUUCGUAUUUUGCCUCGGUAGAGUUGAAGUCUUUGUAUCUAUUGCCGAAAAUGGAGUUUGAACAAGUUAUUUUUUAGAAAUUUUGCAGACAGACGAAGGGACGGACGAUCGGACCAACACUGAAAUUAUAAAGUAGUUACGCUGCGCUACCUAAAAACGUAUUGUGUAUGUGCAUUAAUAUUUAUUUUAUUUUGAUAAAUUAAAAAUGGAAAAUAUCUUAAUAU